UGUCUCUCUGAGAUGGCACAAUUUAGAACCGUCCCCAACAAGCUGAGCUGCCCGAUAUGCCACAAACUACUAAAGGAACCAUUGACCAUUUCCUGUGGACACACUUACUGUAUGGGCUGCAUUAACGGCUACUGGAUGCAAUACAAGGAUGAUUGCGUUCGUUUUAAAAGCUGUCCAGAGUGCACGGAGGACUUCAAUCCAAGGCCAGUUGUAAAUCGAAAUUGUAAUCCUGCUAACACGGAUGAGAAAGUGAAUAAGACUGGACCUCAAGCUUCUCCUCCUCCCUGUCAUGUUGGACCUGGAGACGUGGAGUGCAGUGCCUGUGUCGGAAAAAAGCACAAAGCUGUCAAGACCUGUCUAAUGUGUCUGGCAUCUUAUUGUGAGACUCACCUGCGGCAUCAUGAGUCUCUAGCCUUCAAGGACCACAAACUAAUUAAUGCCAUUAAAGGAUUUCAAGGAAUGAUAUGUUCGGUUCAUAAUAAAGUGCUGGAUAUUUACUGCUGUACUGACCAGCAGUGCAUCUGCUCUCUGUGUACAACAAACGACCAUAAGUACCAUGAUACAGUCUUACCGGCUAAAGCAAGGAAUGAGAAACGGCAGGAUCUGUUGUCAUCACAGAGGGAAAUCAACCAAAGAAUCCAGGAGAGAGAGAAGGAGCUCCAGGAGCUGAGAGAGGCCGUGCAAUCACUCAAACUUUCUGCAAAGACAGCAGUGGAGGACAGUGAGAGAAUCUUCAAUGAGAUGAUCCGUUACAUUGAGAGAAGGCACUCAGAGGUGAAUAAGUUGAUCAGAGGCAGGGAGCAGGCUGCGGAGAGUCAGGCUAAAGGACUCUUGGAGAAACUGGAGAAGGAGAUUGCUGAGCUGAGGAGAAGAAAUUGGGAGAUAGAGCAACUUUCAUUUACUGAAGAUGACAUCAAUUUCCUUCAGGGCUUUCAGCCUCUCUGUGACCCUUAUGUAUCUCAGGACUUGCCCACCAUCACUGUCAUGCCAAACUGCUAUUUUGAUGAUGUGAGGGAAGUCGUUUUAAAACUGAGAGAGCAGCUGGAAAGUAUCUGCAAGGAUGAACUAAGCAACAUUUCCAAACAAGAAACGGCUUUUAGUAUUGUACUCCCUCUAGCACCCCAAACAAGAGAGGAAUUCUUAAUUUAUGCCUGUAAACUAACUUUUGACCCUGCCACAGCAAAUGCAUGCAUCUCUCUGUCAGACGGAAACAGACAUGCUACAGCAGGAUGUGCCCAGUCAUGUCUUGCUCACCCAGAGAGAUUCGACUCCUGGCCCCAAGUGCUCAGUAAAGAGGAUCUUUCUGGAUGCUGUUACUGGGAGGUUGAAUGGGGUGGGGAAGAUGGGGUUGAUAUAGCAGUGUCAUAUAAAGAGAUCAGCCGCAAAGACAAUGAGAGCAAAUUUGGAUGCAAUGCUAAGUCUUGGAGUUUGCACUGCUCUCCCUCCACUUACUCCUUCAGGCAUAAUAAUAAGGAGAUCCCCAUACAUGGACCCCUUUCCUCUAAGAUUGGGGUGUUCCUCGACCACAGGGCAGGAAUUCUGUCCUUCUAUAGUGUCUCUGAUACAAUGACCCUACUGCAGAGAAUGCAGACAAAAUUCACAGAGCCUCUGCAUCUUGGAUGUUCAAUAUAUUCACAUUCUGUUCCAAAUCUCACCUCUGACGCCUCGUCGGUCACCUGCGGGUCCACCUGCUCCAACUUUUUGGUCACCUGCACCUUUGCUGGCUCCUCCUCCCUCCUGCCCUCCUCCAGUGUCCCCUUCUCCUCCCUCCUCCUUCCCAUGGCCCUAGUCCCCGAGGAGGUCCCUGAGUUCCAGACCACCGCUGCUCCCUCCAUAGUGGAGCUAGAGGAGGAGCUCGAUGAACCCCCCCCAGCGGGUCCCGCCAGCUACCGCCCCCUCAUCGCGGCAGAUCCCAGCCGGGUACCCGUGUCUGGGUCUCCCGGAGAGGAAUGGGACACCGAAGUUGGGGUCAUCUCCCUGACUCGCCUUCGCUCCCCCAGGCUCCCGCUCGGCGGGUGCCCCGACCUCGCUCGUGGAGCCUUGUCGGCUGGUUGUGGCCAGUUCUCGAGUUGA